AUGGACGAGAUUGACAAGCUGGAGAAAUGUAUGCAAGACUUACGCCUCACCGAUCCCCGUGAUGACAAGAAGCGCAUUGAGGAAACCAAGGGUGGUCUUCUGGAGGGUUCUUACCGCUGGAUCCUUGAAAACUCCGACUUCCAACGAUGGCGUGACGACCCGCAGAGCCGACUGCUAUGGAUUAAAGGUGACCCUGGAAAGGGUAAGACGAUGCUCCUCUGCGGUGUUGUCAACUAUCUAAAGAAGUCGAUGGCCAAGACGGCUCUUCUGUCCUACUUCUUCUGCCAGGCCACGGACUCGCGAAUUAACAAUGCCACGGCUGUGCUGCGAGGUCUACUGUACUUGCUUGUCGAUCAGCAGCCAUCGCUCGUUUCGCAUAUACGGAAGAAGCACGACCAUGCAGGCAAAGCACUCUUCAAGGACGCGAAUGCCUGGGUUGCGUUAUCUGAGAUCUUUACAAACAUCCUGCAGGACCCGAGCUUAAACAGCACGUACUUGAUCGUUGAUGCGCUUGACGAAUGCGUAACGGACUUGCCAAAACUGUUGGACUUCAUCGCGCAAAACUUGUCUGUAUCUUCUCGUAUCAAGUGGAUGGUUACUAGCCGCAACGAGGCCUUUAUUGAGCAGAGGCUGCAGCUUGACGAUUCUGGAACUAGGCUGAGUCUUGAGCUCAAAGAAAACGCCGCGCAAGUGUCCUGGGCCGUCGAUUCAGUCCUGGAAAAAAUGCAACAAAAGGCUAAUGGCACUUUUCUCUGGGUAUCUCUUGUUGUUAAAGAGCUGAAGGAGGUGAUGACCUGGGAGGUGCUCCAGGUCCUCGAAGAAGUGCCUACGGAGUUGAAAGACGUAUAUCGUCGGAUGAUGAAACAAAUCGAACGGUUGCGGCGUCAAUAUCCAGAACUUUGCCGACAGGUUCUUUCCACCGUUAUCGCUGCUUACCGUCCGCUACGCCUGCAAGAGUUGCAUCUUUUAUCCGGUUUGCCCACCCAGGUCCAGGACGUAAAUCAAGCCACUACGGCAAUUGUAAAGAUGUGUGGCUCAUUCCUCACAAUACAAGAAGGCAGUGUCUACAUCAUCCACCAGUCAGCUCGAGACUUUCUAUCUGAUGAAGCACGCCAUAACAUCUUCCCGUGCGGGAUUGGGGAUGUUCACCAUUCCAUCUUCUCGAAAUCUCUCCAAGCCAUGUCUAAGACGCUCCGACGAGACAUGUACAGCUUGCGUCAGUUAGGGUAUCCUGCCGAGUAUGUUAAGCAACCAGACCCAGACCCACUAGCAGCAUCACGCUACUCCUGUGUCUACUGGGUCGACCACCUCUGUAACUAUCAUCUCAGCCGCUCCGCAAAUCGUACAAGCGACCUAAAAGAUGAAGGCGCUAUCAACAGCUUCAUAACAAAGAAAUUCCUCUACUGGCUGGAAGCGCUUAGCCUCUGCAAGAGUAUACCACAUGGGGUAGUUGCAAUAACUAGACUUGAGACUGUAGUAGAGGGAAGAAUAGAUACACACGCACUGCUCGAGCUGGUGCGGGAUGCGCGUCGAUUUAUCAUGUCUCACAAGUGGGCAAUAGAGAACAGCCCCCUUCAGGCUUAUACUUCCGCACUCCUAUUCAGCCCAACCCGCAGCCUAAUAAGAGGACUAUUUAAGAGAGAAGAGCCGGGAUGGAUUGCAAUAAAGCAGCCUAUGCAAGAUAAAUGGAGCCCCUGCCUUCAGACGCUCGAGGGACAUCGCGACGUCGUCACCUCGGUAGCCUUCUCGCCCGACUCGGCCCGGCUGGCAUCGGCGUCGGGCGACAAGACGACGGUCAAGAUCUGGGAUGCGAGCAGCAGCGACUGCCUCCAGACGCUCAAGGGGCAUAGUGACUCCGUCAUCUCGGUAGCCUUCUCGCACAACUCGGCCCGGCUCGCGUCGGCGUCCGACGACAAUACGGUCAAGAUCUGGGAUGCGAGCAGCGGCGACUGCCUCCAGACGCUCAGUAUUGGCAAGCGGCUUUACCGUAUUUCAUUUGACAUUACCGACUCAUAUCUUCGCACUGAAAUUGGCGCUAUCGAUAUUCCUGCUCGGCCAGGUUCACUGUCACUUCUAACUAUUUUAGAGCCUCGUAGUCCUCAAUAUCAAGGCCUCGCUCUGAGUGCGGAUGGUGCAUGGAUAACAUAUAAUUCAGAGAAGCUAGUAUGGCUACCCUCAGAGCAUCGGCCAUCAUCCUCGGUGGUGUCAAGGAAUAUAAUCGGUAUUGGUGUUGGCACAGGAAGGGUGUGGAUAUGCAAAGUUGAGCUUACGUAA